AAGCUCUGUGCUCUGAUCUGCCCGCUCCGAUGGGCUUUCAUGCCCGUGCAAGCAAUGCUGGGCAUCCUGAGGGCAACACGGGUUCCUGCCGCCAUUGAUCUCAGCCUCUUCAACGACCACCCAUCGACCAUAUCGGCCAACGCAGGUGAGACUCAGGACAAGCUCACCUCAACCUUACUGAUGGCUCAUGGAUCAUCAGCCAAUGAGAGGUGCUAGAUUCCAAAAAGGGCGCUAAAAGACGACCGAAUGCAAGCGGCCCAAGGACGACUGGCAGAUAUGAGAGUGGUUGUCGUCUGUGCCCUGCUAUCCCUCCUCUCUGUGUCACAUGCCUGUCCAAAGGAGUGUAGCUGCAACAGCAACACCAAAGUAGUAGACUGCCGGGGUCAAGGUCUGUAUGACAUCCCCCGACGACUGCAUCCCGACACCCAAGAACUGUAUCUGCAAGAUAACCGUAUCCGGGGGCUGGGAUCGAUGGCGUUCAGAGAUAUACCCCUUGUCCGCAUCCUCGAUUUGUCCAACAACUCUAUAACAUCCAUUUCACCAACGGCUCUGCUGGGUCUCCGGACUCUCCAGCGGCUCAGCCUCGCCCACAACAGCCUGAGAGAGCUCGACAAGCGGUUGCUUGGAUCUAUACGCUCGCUAUCACACCUUGACCUCUCGCACAACAGCCUGUGGGGUUUACCUGGAGCCAUGGGGGACAAUUUGAGGAACCUCAGCCGCUUGGGGCUCGCAUACAACAGGCUCACACGGAUGGACCGCUCCCUGUUGGAGGCUCUGACCCGCAUGGACAGCCUCACGCUACGAGGAAACCCCUGGAGGUGUGACUGCCAACUCAUAGGCUUCAAACUCUGGCUGGAGACCUACCUCUUUAAAGGUGGAGUGGUGGACGAGGUCCUUUGCACCCAGCCAGAAGACAUGAAGGGCAGAGAACUGCAGAAAGUCCCUUACCAGCUCUUUCAUGCCUGCAUGACCACGAGCUACCAUUACCUGUUCGCCAACAUCCAGCACCUGGAGUCGGAGAGGCUCCUGCGAGGCCACACCCAUGGCAACCACGCUCAUCCCUCAAGCCAUACUCUCCACGUCCCCAUGGCCAUGGGGGAGGGCUUCGGCGGCGGGGGAGGCGGAGGAGGCGGCCUGCCAGAGUGUGAACCUAAGCAGAGGCCGCGGCCUGUCAACUUGCGCCACGCCAUUGCCACAGUGAUCAUCACCGGCGUGGUGUGCGGAAUCGUGUUACUGAUGAUGCUGGCUGCAGCGGUGUAUGGCUGCGCCUACGCCGCCAUCAUGGCCAAGUAUCAGCGGGAGCUCAAGAAGAACGAGCAGCUGGCAGCGGUGCGGGGGGCAGAUAAGGCCCGAGCGGACGAGAAGGAACCACUGGAGAACGCUAUUGCCUAGGGGAUGAAAACAUAAACCCUGGACUUUCAAAAACCUGGGGCUCAACCCUUUAACCUUAUCGUCUCCGGGUGUCAUGUGUGUGCUUGUGCAUGUAUGUUUGCGAGAAAAAAAAGAAAGAAAAGAGAGUGUGAAAUUCUUUCUGUGCGUAUUGUGUGUUUACCUCAUUUCUGAGACUUGGGUAGCUAAAUUCCGCAGGUAUUUGACUAUGCACUGAUGAUAGUAUCGUGUACUGUGUGCGGGUUUGAUGGGCAGGCCAAAGAAAUCAAACGUAUCAAUUCCAUUUUGUCUAAGAAAUGUAUAUCAGAGAUAGGAACAAAUUGCUAUAUAUUUAUAAUUGUGUAUUUGUAGGUAUAGUAGUAGAGCAAUGCUAUUUAAAAAAAAAGUGACUUUCAGAAUUUGGUUGUCUUUUGGUUGUUGUUCAUUAUUUAGAGUCUGAGGUAACUUUGAAAACUCAUGUGUAGGCAGCUGCUGUCAUGUUAAGAUCUGUCCUAAGUUUCUCGUAUCAUUAACGUGAGUGUGUGAGAAAAAAGAAUGGAAGUGUCUGUGUCAGUGUUUCAUGUGUGUGUGUGUGUGAGUGAGUGAGUGAGUGGAGAAGUACAUUGUAUGCACAUAUUUACAGAUGAUUUAAGUCUGUGCCUAAUAAUGUGAUAUCAUUUUGAGGAGGAAACAUGUUUUCAUAAAAAAGGAUAUUUUUCUGACAACUGGAGUGGAGGUGGGGAAUUCGUUGAAGCAAUAAUGAAACAAACUAAAAUGAAAACAACAACAAAACCUGGACUCAGCCUUGUUGCUUUUCUAUGACUUUCAUUAUGUCACACAAUCUUUCAGAAGCACACUUUUUGAGAUCAGUCUUACUUGUGAGUUAAUAACGGUAUGUCCUCGGUAUGUGUGUUAUAUAAUAUAAAGGGGAGAUGUUUUAAUUGAUUACUGUGUGUAAACUGACAAUCUAUUUGAGAAGGCAUGCAUCCUUACAUGGAGAAAGCUUCAUUAAAAGAGGGGAUAUUUUGUCUCCUUUUAAGUAAUUUUUACUGAUAGAGUGCACCUCUCUAAUUGUUUACAUGAAGAACUCUACAAUUGGGAUUGUGCUGUUUUAAUGAUGUCAAUAUCAGAAGAAAAGCUCAACUCAACAAUAUUCUAUUCUGCAAACUGAAAAAAAAAUAUUUUCUGAAGCCACUCAACUAAACAGAAAAACGUGUUUAUCGAAAAAGCAGAAGAAUAUCCGUCAUUUGAAGUGUUGCGGUGGGAAUCCUGAGUGGUCAUUGCAUGGGUGUUUCUGUCCCUCUCAGUUCAGCUUGGUUCUACUGUGACAUGUUCUGUUUUUUUGGGGGGUUAAUGAAGUUGAAAC